ACUGUUGUUGUGUAGGGCUGAAGUUUCAGGUUGUUGGUGUGAGUGAGAGAGUGAGUGAGUGAGAGAGUGAGUGAUAGAGUGAGGAGGUUAGCGUGAGGAUUCUCACCGCUGGAGGAGGUUUUUUAAUAAUGAAGAGGAGGAAUGAGGAGUACAGGGAGCUGACGGGCGGAUAUUUAAACACGCUUCUCUGUGUGGAGUUUCUGUAGGUGAGACUCGCUGUGUGUAUCUGCUGAGGGGUUCAGAAGUGAAAGUGGACCGGUUUCUUCAGUCCCGCGGGUCUCUGUUCCACUGAGCUGCACUCAUGCUCAGAUUAACCCAUACCUUCAACAUCAGCACAGAUGUUCUUACCAGCAUUGUAGCUAAAGAGGAGACCGUGAGGAGGAGUAAAGCAUGUGCAGGUGUUGCUGACACUCGAAUCCAUAAUGUGGAGAGGGAUGGAGGUGUUGUGUAUUCCUGGAGAGGUGCAUCAGGAACGACCAGGGUUGGCAAAUAUGACCCUCAUACAAAACAAAAUAAGCUCCUCUAUACUUUUGACAAGCAAGUGUGUAUCAGCAGCUGCUCCCUGAACAAAGAAGAAACUCUGUUGGCGGUCAGUCUGACUCAGUUCACACGGAGAGGAGAGGAGUGCUUUAAACCAGCUUCAAAAUGCCUAACACUCCUCAUAGAAAUACAUCCAAUUAACAACACUAAGGUCCUGAAAGCUGUGGACUGCAAGGUCAAAGUUCAGUUUCUGUAUUUGCACACUUCACGGAGUGUUCCUCUGGAGAGCCAUUUGUUGCUGGCUGCAGAUGAUGGCUAUGUGGAUCAGUACCACAUACUGCUUGUGAAGCAGGAAGGCUACAGAGUUGUGAUGCAGAACCCGGAGCGGCUGGUGAAAGACAGGGUGGCGGAGGAGUUCUGCUGGGCUCAGUGGGACUCGGUUCCCCAAAGACUCUAUUACCUCACAUGCCGGGAGAAACAUGUGCUGAAGUGUGUGCAGUUUUUCCCUGAUCGCAACUUUGAGACUGUGUUUGAACUUCCCCUGGAUCUGCCCAGUAAUCCCUUCACAUCUGCAAGGUUUGUUAACUUUGGACAUGAUCACUACCAGGAGAAGGAAAAUGAGGGACUGAACAUGGUGGUGUUCACAGACAGAUCAGGCACCAUGUGUGUAUGCUACAGUCAUCCUCUCUGUACGCAGAAGGAGAGCACAUACACUAUUGCAUUUGUGCACAGAGGCUUCAGUAAGACCUACACUGUAGCCCUAGAGCAAACAGCUACAUCAGGCAGCACAGUGAACCUCCAGCCACUCUUCAUCCACUUAGGUUAUUACAUAGUGGUGUAUCUAGCUGACCACUUCCUCCACCUGAUCAACUGCAGGCAGCAGGACCUGCUCUGCCACAGUCUGUUUCUGUCAGGUGCUGAUGCCCAUGUGGACGCGAUAGGAGCUGACAGUGUCAUACUGAGCGUGCCCGGCCGCAGGCUCCUGGACGUGCACACAGGCAGAAUAUACACCACUGACCUCAGCCAUGACUUUCUGCUGCAGCUCCUCAGCUCCAGCAGGCCAGAAGCCCAGCGCCUUGCAGCCCUGCACUGCAUGCUGGUCCACCUGGGGCCUGACCAGGAUCUCGAGCAGAAGAUAAUCAGCUGGAUCAGCGAGAAUGUGAUGAGCUUCGAUGCUUUCGAUCAAAUCCAGGAAUUUAUUCUGGCCUCCUUAUACAGAAUCUGCUAUCAGCAGUCUCUCAGUCUGGAUAAAGUCCUGCCAUACUCUUCUGUUUUUGAAAAAAAGGAUCUACCUGUAGCCCUUACAGCUAUUCCAGGUGUGAAGUGCACUCCUGAGCUGCUGGCACAGCCUGUAAUCAAGGGGAAGGCCAGGAGUCUGCAGGGCUACUGGGAGGAGCUGCACUGUGUUAUUGAAAGGCUGAAGUAUUUUGAGGCCGUUCCCAACCCUCGAUACCGAACCACCCAGAUCAAGAGUGAAUGGACCAAGCUACUGGCAGCCAUGAAGUCAGACAAAAAGAAAUCUCCCAACCACCUUCGGCAUCUCGAAGAGAACACCAAAAAAGUUUUGUCGAUGGUAGACACAUGGCGUUUGGAUAAGAGAGUGGUUCCUCUGUUCCAGGAGGAAGACCAACAACAGAGGGCGCUGGUGGGACUGAUGGUGGACAAGCUCCGGGAACACUUGAACAAACACCUGCCUCGACUUGGGAAGAAGAAGAUUGACACGCUGGUGGUGAACUAUGUGGCUAAGCUGCUGGAGCUGGUCAGACACAUGCUGGAGUCGGUGUGGCUGAAGUUGAAUCUGGGCUCGUCUGUGCUGUGUCUUAAACAGCAGGGCAAUGCAGAGGAUUGGGCGAUGUUUCAUGUGAUGUGUCGGAUUCUGGAAGCCACUGAGGGACUCUGUCUGCCGCUCCCACCGGGUUAUUCUACUCUUCUAACAGUGCUGGGUGUGCGCUGUCUACCACGCCACACAUUCCUGCAGUACGUGGAUCACGGCUUCUUACAGCUCACUGAUCCCUUUGUCUCCCGUCUCAUGACAGAUCUAGAUAACAGUGAUGGCAAUGAAGAGCUGAAGUUCAGUGUCCUGAAAAGACUUCCUGAGUGUAUGGAUCAGAGAGUCUGUCAGCUGUGGGAUCAUCCUAUCAGCUCAGCCUGCAUCUCCAGAGAGUACGUGAGAAGACUGCUUGAGAAAUACUCCAAGACCAGAGGCUCAGUACAGUUGGACAGAGAUAAUACGUGCUUCAAGCCGGAGUUCCUACCACUAACUUACCUCGCUGGCAUCCUCACAGACACGGAACAGCAAGCUCCAAACCCUUUUGAGGAACAGGAGAAUGUGGACGCCAGGUUUGUGGAGGAAACUGCACUGAAGCAGACUCUGAUGAAGCUGGGCUUGGAGGACAAGUAACAGGAGGGAAAGGAAUGUGCGAGUUGCUGACACAAAACCGCAAAGCAAGUGAAACAGACUUGUGUCUCAGUUUGUCAGAGACGAACAUAUUCGAGGAUUCGAGACAGGACAAUAGUAAAUCUCAUAUGGAGCAACAGAGACUCAGAGCUGCGUCACACUGAAAAACAAUGAGUAAUAUCCUGCUGUGCCAGGCUCACAUGUUGCAGCAGGCUGCCAGUCUCCUCUGUGAAGUCCAUUACGAUUUACUGGAAGGCCAGGAGGUUCACCUUGCACUCACAGCGCAUGUUUACAUUCACUGGAUUUAAUUAGGAAAUGUACGCAUGUGAAUCAGUCUUUUAGAUGUUUUGGCUUCCUAAUCACAACUACACAAUGUUAACUUUUAUAUAACUGACUGUCAAAAGGGAUUUUCUGUAGUAGAAGUCAAAUGUUUAUAUUGGUGUAACUGUUUAUGGUUUCUGUCUGUUGUCAAUGUAGUGUCUCUCUUCAUUCUGUGUUUCCUGUAACAGAACAUGAUUACUAUAAAAUUCCGUGCCACUGUUUA